UGUUUGUGGUCGACUAAGUUUUAGUGUUUAGGGGAGGGGGAGGGUGACACUCCACUAUUGCCUCUUGUUUAACAAUGUCCGUACUGACUUGAUAAACAAAAACAACGAGAAAAUACCAUUUGAGGACGAGAAUUCUUUAAUGAAAUUUAGUUGGUUAGUUAUAAUAUCUUACUACAGGUCAUGUUUACAAACCUGAUUUUAAAAACCAAGAGUAUAAAUAUACAAGCUAAAAAUACCCAAAAUAUGUUUAACUUAGUUGAGAUAUGAAUAAACUAGGUGUUUAUGGCAAGAAAAUCUUAUGCCAGACAUUGUUGGCAACAUAGCUUCUGUUUCAAGUGACACUCAAAAUGACUGUUGUCAAUAUUGUCUUGACAGCUUUAAUAAUACCUUGGCUGCUUUCUUUCAUGAUUCAGUCUGCACAUGUUUAGAAAUAUCUCAUAUAACAGUUCCAUUUAAUGGAAGCUUUUAUACAUAUAUAACAAGAGAUCCUAUAAGACUUAACCAAUCAGAAUAUGAAUGUGGCCAUCGUGGAUCCUUUAAUUUACUAACUCUAUACUUUGUUGUAAGCUCAAAAGAAUUAUUUUAUGUGCAGUUUACAAACAUGGAUCUAAAUUCAAGUUUAUUGACCUCAGUCCUAAUGUUGACACCAGAUAGUAAACAAAUAAAUUAUGAUUAUACUACUGUUGGAAUUUCUAUUUCAGCAACUGGUCAUAGUUCUGAUAAUUUCUUUCAAGAUUUAGCUUAUAUAUUUUUGGUUGGCUUUGUAAACGUAACAACUCAGUUUGCAUUAUCAUAUACACGUGUAACUAAUAGUCCGGAAAGACUUAUUGUCUAUCUCAAACCUUUUAUUGUUGUGGCAAAUGUAAAGAAAAGUCAAGCUGCUUCUUCGGUUCUUGAUGUUUAUGCUUAUAAUGCUAUAAAACAAAAUACUUUUACAUCUGUAACUAGCAUCAAAAAUGAUUUUGAUGACUCAACAGCAGAUUCAGAAAAUGUCACUUUUGUAAUUUACUUUAAUGAAAAAUUAUUAAGACAUAAAGAACAUUACUUUGUUGUGAGUGGUAUGGUGUCUAAUUUGGCGACUCAAUUGUUUGUUGGAACAAACAUGUUUAAAAUAACUAUCCCAAGAUUACGAAUCGGUGUAAAAUUUCUUUUGAAUGUUUUUUUUUAUUCUCUAUUGAAAGACCAACAACAGUUUGAAUCUUUAUAUCAUGAGCUAUCAGCUAUAACUUAUCAGAAUGGAACACCUGUUCAAACAUUAGUACAUUUUAAUAAGCAGUAUUCAGAUAUUGUAGUGCAGAAACGAGCCGGAAAUCGUAAAUUUAUUGGUGAUAGGCUUUCACUGCUUCAAUUCAAUAACGUAUUUCUUGUAUGUGAAAGGGCAAUAGAUAGAACAAGAAAUUAUUGUGGAAUUUUGUCAUCUAAAAAUACAACAACAUUUACAAGACUUUCUGCUAUUUUUGUAGAACCAAUAUGCUUUGAUAGUAUAACAGAAACUAUUUAUUUUGAAGAUAAAUUUGGAAAUAUUUUGUCUUAUAAUUACUUCAAUAAAACUUCAAUAAGAUUAACUGAUACAAAAAAAAAGGUAUUGCAACUGCCAUCUUUAAUUUUACCAUUUACUGCAAGUAAAGAUCGAAGGUUGUUUUGUUGUAAUACAAAUUCACUAAUUGGAAAUUAUAGUGGUUUACCAUAUUAUAUUAAUGCUAACACAUUAAAAAUCACAAGUCAGAACAUAUUCUAUUGGACUCCGCCAAACAUAUACAUUCCAAAAAUAUUUUGAUUGGCUUCGUCCGUGUUUACUAAUAAUGUAACAAUAGCAGUGCAUUUUAUCAACAGGCUGAGUUGUCUCGUAUCACAAAAUUUAUAAAUAUUUAUUACAAGUUUGUUAUUUACGUUGUUUUUAUUUGUAAAUAUUUUGUUUAUAAAAACUAGUUUUUUUUCUGUUGUUUUUUUGUAAUUGUUGUUGUUGUUAUGUUUUUUUUGUUUUGUUUUUUGUUUGUUUGUUUGUUGUUUUUUUUGCCUAAGUGAAGUUUAUUGCGAUUUGAUAAAUAAUAAAAGGAUAACUGAUUUCCUUUUUAAUACUUUCUUUUUUGACGCAUGAAUCAAUUUAUACGGUUUAAUGUUUUUUUUUGUUAUUCUCUCUUACUAUGACUACACAUGAAUGUCUCAGUCAUAUGUUGUUACAUUAUAAAGUAUGAAAUUAUUAUAAAGUAUUCUUGUUUAUUAUCGGA